CAAAUAAAUGAGAACAAGAUAUGGAGUAUGCGUUCUAGAAUCAAUGGACCUACAACGUGGAAUACAGAAAUCCAAUUUCAUUAUCAUAUUGUACGUAAGUGUGUGGUGGAUCUUGGCAUUGCUAAUUUAUUGAUCAAAAGCAGGGCAAAAAAAAGAAGAGAGAAAAGAGAGAAAAAGUAGAAUGGCAGAAUUUGUUGCAAAUGUGUUUCUGGAAACCCUUCGUGAUUUGCUGGUUGAAGAAACUAAGUUUCUCCUUAGUGUGAGCGGUGAUGUUGACAAAGUCAAAGCAGAUCUGAGAAGCAUCCAUGCCUUGUUGAUGAGAGCUGACAGAGAGAGACGCAAUUCUCCAUCUCUAAAGCUUUACAUUUCCCAACUCAGAGAUCUGGCGGAGAAAGCUGAGAAUCUGCUUGAAACGUAUGCGGUCGAAGUUCAAUCCAAAAGGGAAGGGCGGAAGAGCCUCAAGGAUAAAUUCAAAAGGUACAUUUGCAUCAUGUGUGAGUGCAUCAGUGUCCACGAGGUUGGGAAUGAGGCUCGUGACAUAAUAUCUGCCCUGGCCGACCUCACUAAAGAGUUAAAGUCAGAGUUGGAUCAACAAGGCUCAUCAUCUCAUUUGAAGCAGGAAGCUGAGCAGCAGCAUCUGUUGAGACAGACGUAUGCUCAUGAGGUUGAGCAUGAUUUUGUGGGCAUGGAGAAAGACAUCGAGCUUUUGGUCUCCAAGGUGAAGGAUGGUUCCAGAAGGAAACGAGUAGUAAAGAUAUAUGGGAUGGGUGGUCUCGGAAAAACUACUCUUGCCAGAAAGGUUUACAACCACACGGACCUCCAAUCUUAUGCCCGAGCAUGGGUUUGCAUCACCCAACAGUUUGAACAUAAGGCGGUUUUCGGAAAGAUUUUGAAACAACUUGAUAGCAAGGCAAAGAUCGAUGACUUGGAAGUUGAGGAUUUGGUGACAAGAAUUCAUAGUUUAUUGGUGGAGAGGAAAUGUGUGAUUGUGAUAGAUGAUAUAUGGGAAGAUGUUCAUUGGGAGAUCAUAAAGCAAGCUUUUCCGGUGAAUUGUAAUGUCAUUCUCACCACUCGCUCUCAGAAUAUUGCUAAUCAAGAAUCCGAACAUCACAUGUUGAAAUUUCUUACAGAAGAUGAAGGUUGGGCUUUACUUCAAAAAGUAGCAAAUUUAUAUCCAGAUUUAAAAACUUUAGAAGAUGUUGGAAGAGAAAUUGUAUCCAAGUGUGAAGGGUUACCACUAUCAAUUUGUGUUAUUGGAGGGAUUUUGCGCCCAAAAGAAUACGAUUUACCAGAAUGGAAAAAGGUAAAUGCGAACAUGGAAUUAUAUUUAAGGCGUGGAGAAGGUGUUGAAGAAUACAAAAGAGUAAAACAGGUGCUAGAGUUAAGCUAUGAUGCCUUGCCUUAUUACUUGAAGCCAUGCUUCCUCUAUUUAGCAUGUUUUCCCGAGGAUCACAACAUUGAUUUAGAGAGAUUGUAUCUAUUGUGGAUGGCGGAGGGCUUCAUUUCAUACCAAGAUAAAGGACCUAACGAGACUCUAAGAGAUGUGGCCCAAAGAUAUCUAACGGAAGAGGUGUAUGGUUCAACUCCAUAAAGCUAGUUACUACUCUCCACUUAACAAGUUGGAUGAGUGUGGGCUUCAUGAUUUGAUGCAUGAUCUCUGCUCUUCUAAAGCUGAAGCUGAAGAAGAAAAGUUUCUAAAGCACAUUGAUGCUUCUACAUAUCUGACCCUCGGAACAAGGUUAGUUAUACCUCCAUACAUUGGCAAUUCUAUACGCAGAUUAGCCAUCAGUUUUGACUUCGAGAGGGUAUCAAGUAUAGAUGGAUUGGGGGAAGUUAAAGGUCUUAGAUCUUUUAUGUUUAUCCAAAAGUCUUAUUACAUACCAGACAUUUGCUUCAAAGAGAAUACAAUUGACUUUAAGAUGUCACAAUACUUGAGGAUAUUUGUGGCAGACUGUAGUAGGUUUGAAGGGGAAAAGUUACCAAGCGAGGUAGGCGAACUAAUUCGUUUAAGAUACUUGAGUCUGAGGAAUUCUAAUGUGAGAGAGCUACCAAAAUCUGUAUGCAGCAUGCCAUACUUGCAGACGUUAGAUUUGCGAGUAUCAUACAAGGUUGUUAUAAGAUUGCCAAACGUGAUAUGGAAGAUGAAAAGACUAAAGCAUUUGUUUCUAAAAGACGACAUGAAAGUGAUCGGAGGAGAGAAACUAAGACUAGAUGGGCUACAAGAGUUGGAGAUAUUAGAAGAGAUCAGGAGUGAGACUUGUGGCAUUGCAGAUAUUCCCAAAUUGGUGAGUCUGCAGAGUCUACGUGUUAGAGUCUCUGAUGUGGAUAGCAUGUCAAUUGUAUUGAGCAACAAAAACAGCCAAUUACGUGACACUCGACUCUGUGUUAAUGGAUGUGAUCUAAGUUCGGAGAAAUAUAUGGAGGUUUUAAAUGAUGGGUUGAUGUCUCCUUCCUUGGUUACUUUGCAGAUGUGUAAAUGCGAUAUGAGCGGCAGUUUUCCAUCCUACAGACAAGGGAUGUGUCAGAAUUUAGUAAGCUUGGAACUCGAACAUUGCAAGGGUAUGAUAGUUGUGAUGGAGUUUGGCAGCUAUCCCAUGUUGCAAGAGCUAACUUUAAAAAACGUCAAGAUAGCAGAAACUUUAACUUUCCCUUCAAACUUAUUUCCACAACUCAAGCAUCUUAGAUUGUAUGAGUUGCAUGAUUUAAAGAAAUGGGAAAUGGAAGAAGGAGCAACGCCAAAACUUACUUCCUUUGCUAUCAUGGGGUGCCCCGAAUUGAAGAAGGUUCCAGAUGGUUUGAAAUUAUUAACCACUCUUCGACGGAUAACUGUCAUUAAUAUGCCAAGAGUAUUCACGGAGACAGUAAAUGAGGAAAAAUAUGGAUCAUUUGUCGAGAAGGACAUUUGUAUGGAUGACCUCUACGAACCAUAAGUGGUCGAUAAAAGAGGGUUGAAGCAAAGAUGAUAACUUUAUGGUCCAACAAAAGUUUGAUUCCUAGUGAAGGCUCUCUACACUUACUUAUUCGCAUUUAUUGGCUCAAUUGAUAGUAAAACGUUCUUGAUUUUGUUUAUGUACUCUCGUAUUAAUAAUAAGGAUCUUCAGCUCACCUCCCGACUCACCACGAACCAACACCGGAGCCACCUACAUCAGCUCCAAUGCAUCUGCUCUAUUUUAUGUCUUGUUAUCGAGUCGGUUAUUUAUUUUCAUCCGGAUUUUCUUUGUGGUUCUUUCCCGGAUCAUAUUAUAAGAGUCGAACCACAUAGCAUUAGGUCUGUUUUUCCAUAAUCAAAGAGUCUUGUUUUUUCCAUGUAUUAUUUCAAUUGAGCAAUAACAACUUUUGUCCAGUCUUGUAGUAUCAUAUAUCCUCAUGAUAUUCUACCAUUUUGUUUUCUUGUU